AUGCCUGGACACGGACUGACGCCACCGCACGGCUCUCUGAUGCUGCUGAUGCUGCUGAUGUUCUCGUGGCUGCCUUCGGGAGGCGCCCUGUCUCUGGCCCAGGAGCACCUCCCGGCCUUUCCGGGACCCUCAGACGCACACUCCAGCACGGAUGUCUCCAGAGUCCAGGAGUUUCUGAAACGCUACGAGCACCUGCAGACCAGGCUGCGGUUGAACCAAAGCUGGGCUGAUUCAAACCCUGACCUCGUCCCUGCAGCUCAAGUCCGGAUACUCACUCCAAAGCUGCGACUUGGACCGGGCGGCCACCUGCACCUGCGCAUUGCCCGGGCCGACCUGACUGAGGGUCUCCCCGUAACCUCCCGCCUGUAUCGGGCGCUGCUCAGGCUGUCCCCGACGGAGCCGAGCUCGUGGGACGUGACUCGGCCGCUGCAGCGUCAACUCAGCCUUGGAGGUUCCCGGGCGCCCACACUACGCCUGCGAGUGUUGCCUCAGUGGGACCGGUUGAGAGCGACGUUGCCUUCUGCACGUCCUCAGCUUGAGCUGCACUGGCGGCCACGCGCGGCCAGGGGGCGCCGCAACGCGCAUGCGCACGUCGGGGACGGUUGCCCCCUCGGGGAGGGGCGCUGCUGCCGCCUGCAAAGCCUGCGCGCGUCGCUCGAGGACUUGGGUUGGGCCAACUGGGUGGUGGCGCCUCGCGAGCUAGACGUGCGCAUGUGUAUUGGCGCGUGCCCAAGUCAGUUCCGAUCGGCUAACACGCACGCGCAGAUGCAGGCGCGCCUGCACGGCCUGAACCCCGAUGCCGCGCCUGCGCCGUGCUGCGUGCCCGCCAGCUAUGAGCCGGUGGUGCUCAUGCACCAAGACAGUGAGGGUCGCGUGUCGCUUACGCCCUUCGACGACCUCGUGGCCAAGGACUGCCACUGCGUAUGA